GAGGAGACAGGAAGCACAUCAGAAGAGACAGGAAGCUCAUCUGAGGAGACAGGAAGCACUUCUGAGGAGACAGGAAGCACCUCUGAGGAGACAGGAAGCUCAUCAGAGGAGACAGGAAGCUCAUCUGAGGAGACACAGGGAUCUGAAAGCACCACAGAUGGGUCUGAAACUACAACUUCGGGAUCUGGAAGCACUUCACAGGGAUAUGAGAGCACAACAUCAGGGUCUGAAAGAACCUCAGAGGGACCUGAAAGCACAACAUCAGGGUCUGAAGAGACAGGAAGCACAUCAGAGGUUACAGGAAGAACAACUCAUGAAUCCGGAAGCACAACAACUGGAACUACAAGUACUUCACAGGAUUCUGAAGCCACCACGCCAGCUUCAGAGUCUACAGGCUCGACGUGUAUCACGGCUCCUCCCGAAGUGGCGUCGAGGAUCGAGGAUCUGAACCAGGCUCUGGGCGAGAUCCAGAUGCAGAUUGAGGCCGUGACCACUGAGUUGGCUGACUGCUACAAUAAUGCCGAAAAACUCACUGAAAUCCACAUUUUGUCUUCGAAUCUUGAAGCACUUCUCCAGGAGCUAAAUGACAUAAUAAAAGCUCUUGAAAACCUUCAAGGAUCGAGAAGAAGGUUUUUGAUGUCCUCAUCACUUCUGUCUUUACUGAACUCCGUAAAUCUUAGGAAGGGUGUGGUAUGUGCAGAGGCCGACAACUUGCCAGCCGUGCUGGAAGACCUUAACAUAGCACUGUCUUCAUUUGGUGAAAACCCAACAGACGAAGAUCUUGCUGAUCUUGUUUCCUGUGCCGCUCAUCAAACACUGACCGUUUUCUCACAGGUGGCUCGGGGCAAGAAGGAUCUAAGUGCUUCAGACCGAGCUGAAUCUGAGCGUCUUCUCCAGCAACUAACUGGGCACAGGAUGGCAGGGAUUGCAGCUGUUGUGGCUCAGAACCAAAGCUACAAUGAAGCUAAAAGAUCUGCUCUGGAGCUCCGUCUGUCCGAGCUGACGUCUCGGCAGCAGGAAAUCAAAGGUGCCCUAAGGGAGGUUCACGAGGGCAGCCUUGGUGCUUAAGAUCAAAACACCCGGUUAAGGCACAUAGGAUAUGUUGGUGUCUACACUGCAUUCUUCAGUGAGGACAAAUCUAUAAUGAGCACUAAUACUGAUUUACAAAGUACAUAGCUGCUGUGACUGAUUUUCAAUUAUCAGAUCGCUGUGGUGCGAUCUGAUUUGCGAAAAUAGAAUUAGUGAAUUUAGCAGCAGCUUUGUUGCCUCACAGUUCAAGGUUCCUGCUUACUGAAUAUCACUUAUCUAUUAACAAGCAAAUUAAAGCUGUUCCUUUCCAUUAUAAAUUGGUUAAACUUUGUUUUCUUUAUAUAGAAUCAGUUUGAAUGGAAAUUAUUAUUAAUA